UGGUCAAAGUCUGGUCCAAACCCAUCAUUUGCACUCUAUGUCUACAAUAAGCUUAUUUCACUUUUCAACCUUUAAAUAGUUGAAUAAAAUUUUCAUUAUGUAGAUACAAUUUAUAUAGUAGCUUAAAGUGCCAUUUGUGCAAAUAUCCCUAAAGUCCAAGUGUUGUUAACCCGAACCGGAAAGAAAUAAACAAAACCCUAGCUAGGUUUAAGGGUAUAUAAAGAAGACGGCGGACACAACGCAGCCUCCUAUUUGCCAGAAUUUGAAGCGGAAGCAGAGCCACCCCACUAGUCUCCCUUGCAAAAUUCUCAGUUCUUCUCUCCAUUCUAAGAAAGAUGGCAACAUAUGCAGCAAUGAAGCCAACAAAGCCAGGGCUAGAGGACCCACAAGAGAAGAUUCACAAGAUUAGGAUUACUCUCUCCUCCAAGAAUGUUAAGAAUCUCGAGAAAGUGUGCGCUGAUUUGGUUCGUGGUGCCAAGGAUAAGAGGCUCAGGGUGAAGGGACCAGUGAGAAUGCCCACCAAGGUCUUGAACAUCACCACCAGAAAGUCUCCUUGUGGAGAAGGUACAAAUACAUGGGACAGAUUUGAGCUGCGAGUCCACAAGAGAGUGAUUGACCUUUUCAGCUCACCAGAAGUUGUCAAACAAAUCACCUCCAUCACCAUUGAACCCGGUGUUGAGGUUGAGGUCACUAUUGCUGAUUCUUAGAUCCCCAAUUUCCUUAUGUAGAUGAAUAUGCUCUGAAAUUUUGGCCUGAGGACUUUAUGUAUUAAGUUUUUUGGGAUUACAAUUGUGCUGUUAAAAAGCUAGACUUUGACAAAAGCGAAGUGAUUUACUUAAGUUACUUGCAACUUUCAUGAA